AUGUGGGUGGAUGGGUCAGUCCUGCUGGCGUCAUUUGCAAGUUGCCUGGGGGGGUUGGCAGUGGGGGAGGUUUACGUUCAAACUGGUGACUUCAUUUUAAAACAUUGGAAGUUCCUCCUGUGCUGCCGGAUCGUAUGCUCCGAGGGAAAGGGAGGGGGAGUUUUUUCAAAGAUAGUCGAUGACUGGGGUGGUUUUCACAAUUCGAGAAAAGAUUUCAAUGUUGUCACCAGGCAUGCUAAAACACAUAGACAACCGAGCGUCAAAGAUGGAAGGGCCAAGACUUUGUGCGCUCUAGUACCCGUACAAACAUGCGCUAUGAAGAAUCACAUGAAAGAGAAAAACAAAACUAAAAUUACUAGACAAAUCUUGGACAACAAUGUUGAAAUCUUACAUUACAAUGACAACCAUUAUAAUUUACGACUAGCCGAAUCAAUACUCAUACAACAAAGACAUCCGAUAAUAAAUAUCCUACAACUGGCAAUUGGAAUCCUUCGUACCAAUAAAUUUAGAAACAGAGGAAUCAUCGAUAAAGAAAACACGUAA